AGGUGACAUUUGACUAUGUCACAUCACAAUUUAUAAUAGAGGAUAGCUCUCUCGCUCGGAUCGCGAUCGGAUCAACUUUCGUGUGUUUGUACUUGGUCAUUUUGCCAGUCUGCCAGUCGAUAAUUGUGUGGCUUAGCCCUGAGAGACCUGCAGGGGAUCAGUCGCGUGUGUUUGUUUUUGACCGACCGCACAGUGAUCGCAGUGAUUCUUUCUUGGACACACAGCACACCCUUCAUUACUUCGUCGCAGUCGUUCUCCGUGGACGCACACGUGUCUCGCAGUUCCCGGCGUGCUCCGUCAAGUGUGAAGCUAAGUGAGUUAUGGAUGACAAGUUCUAAUGACGAUUGGUUUGAGAUUUGAAGUGAAGAAAUAGUGUAGUUGCGAGUUAAGUGCAGUGAUAAACAUUUUCGAUAAAAUUUCUGCAUUAGCCAGUAUGGCAUUGGAAGACCGUUGCAGCCCUCAGAGUGCACCCAGUCCGCCACACCAUCAUCAUCAUCAUCACAGUCAAAGUCCGGUUAAUUCUGCCACCGCAACGAUGCUUACCGCAAACGGUGGAACACGUUGUUCGCCUAGUGGAGAUGAGAUGUCGCCACUGGUACCGAUCUCACCGCUGCUCAUCAAGCAGGAGGUGACGGAUCCGAUUCCUCCCCAGCCUACUCAGCAAUCUGGAAUUUCGUUUUCGAUUUCCAAUAUUUUGAGCGGAAGUUUUGGAAAGGCACCAUCCGCAACCAGCCAGCAGACAGUAAGUCCCAUGGCAAGUCCGCGAUGCAGUUCGAAUUCCAACAGCCCAAAUGGAUCUUCGUUUCAACUGCAACAUCAACGAUCUUUUGAACGAAGGGACAGUCUGUUCCGCCCGUACGAUAUUAGCAAAUCACCUCGAUUGUGCUCCAGCAAUGGCAGUAGCAGUCACAAUCCUUACCAUACUGACAGUGAAUCUCAGGAUUCAAGCUGCUAUGAGCCUCAAGUUGCAGCAGCCGCUGCGGCCAGCAUGUUGAUGUUUAACAACAACAACAACAACAACCACCACCAUUACCACCCCCGUAUUCCAACCCUGUACGACUUUGGUACGAAGGCCAUCCCCAGCAUAGAUCCUCGUUCUCCGUUGCUGAAUGGAUUCAGUGCAACCAGUUACCCAAAGUUGCACGAGGAAAUCAUCAACAGCCACCGCAAGUUCCAAGCUAAACUGUUGGAAAAUCAAGCGAAAGCAGCGGCUGCGGCCGCCACCGUCCACCCACACUCGAUGCCCCCGCUUGGUUCCCUGUGUAAAACCGUAUCGCAAAUCGGUCAACACGUGACAUCUUCCGACAGGGCAACAUCCGGUACGGCCGGCAGUUGUAAUAUCGAUACCCGAAGCAAUGCCAGCAGCAGUCCAAAGUUAAGUCCACGGCCGAUUCCUAAACCUACGGCAACGGUGGCAUCCAGUUUACCCGGAAACGGUGGUCGCGAUGCACCCACAAGUGGACAUUCCGACAACGGCCAUAACGAUGGAGGAGCAUCUUCGGAUGAUGCCCGGUCGGAAACUGGCAGCAGCAAGGACGGUGAUAGCAACGGAAAUCUGUGGCCGGCCUGGGUGUACUGCACCCGUUACAGUGAUCGACCGAGUUCGGGUCCCCGCUACCGUCGGACGAAACCGCCAAAGGAGAAAGGCGAAAGCGAAGAAAAACGUCCCCGGACCGCUUUCACCACUGCCCAGUUGCAAAGACUGAAGAAUGAAUUCAACGAAAACCGAUACCUGACAGAAAAACGCCGCCAAGCACUGAGUGCCGAGUUGAAUCUCAACGAGUCGCAGAUUAAGAUUUGGUUCCAAAAUAAACGGGCUAAAAUCAAGAAGACGUCCUCGGAAAAGAACCCCCUGGCACUGCAGUUGAUGGCCCAGGGCCUCUACAACCAUUCGACGGUGCCGCUCACUAAGGAGGAGGAAGAACUGGAGAUGCGCAUGAACGGUCAAAUUCCUUAGAAUUAGCCAGGCGCGGAUACUGAAUCCGAGAGAGAGAGAGAGUGUAGAAACAAUUGACACUGUCCUCCGACUGGGAUCACCAUUAAUUAGGCGAAGUUGUUGCUCAUUGACGAAAACAAAAGAAUCCAUAAUGUGAGACCUUCCAGCCGCCGCCGCCGCCGCCGCGUCAUCAUAGUGCCACUGCAAAAAGGACAGUAUCUCUCGAAACUCGAAGCUGUCAGUUGCAUUUUUGCAAGAGCUUUUGAAUUAUUGAUCUCCAGACAGCGGCGUGUACCAUUUUGUUGCUGCAUCACUCCCAACUGACGUCGAACAUAACCUCGCUGCUGCUGCUGCCAUGGGUUGAAGCUGUCAGUCAGCUAAGCAGGAAAGUAAAAAAAAAGCAGGCGAGGCUUACCGGGCAAUACUCGGAACGGAGGAGUAGGACAGUGAAACAACAACUAGCCCCAGUACAAUUACAUUUAAAUAAUUGAAUUAAUGCUUUUCCCUCCGCAUCCUGCCUUGAGCGGGAUCGAGAUGUAAGAAAGCUGUGCUAAAACAAACAAAUCCGAACGAAUGCUGAAACGAGGCCGUAUGAGAAACUGUAAAUGUAAAUAUUGAAUUUUAAAAGCCUCUCCGGAUCUGACAGCUAGUGAACGAGAAGGAACAACAACAACUUUCUCACGCACGUCCGUUCUUUUGAAAGGCUCUCGAGAGUAUGUUUAAAAUGGAGCAGAUUAUGUAUAUUUGUCCGGCAGUAAUGGGGUCAGCUGACAAGGGUGGUGCAAUAAAAAGGAAUACCCAUUUCCCCUACAAGUCAGUUUAUCCGAGAACGCGAAAAUAAAAAUCAAGCCUGAAAACAAAUAGCAGUAAACAGCAAGCAAGUUAAUAAUUCGCACCCACUCGAAAUUGGGAAUAGUUUUGCAAAAGAGCGUGUAAGGUUAGGUUACUUGUUUCGAAGUGUGUCUCAGACUUGCAAGAAGCAUAUAAAUUAUUUUCUUCCAAUAUCUUAGAAUCCUAAAACAUCAGAGCACUGUUCAAGCAUAAAGGCUAUAGCAAAAAAAAAACAACCAGCGAAUGUACAUACGUAAACGAAGAAAGAUCGAGUGUAAAAAAUUAGCUACUAAAAAUAAUUGAGAUUAACAACAUUGGAUUAGAGCAAGCAAAACCCACAAACAAAAUAGAUUAACGUGCAAAGUGGGCCGGACAGUGUUCCCACACAAGAAAAAAAAAGUCUGCCCAACGUCGAGCACAUGUUGAUGUAGAUAAUUAGUCUUCAAACGCCAGCUUACUUCCGCGAGCGUUUGGAACCUGUUUUCGAGAGGCACAAGUUGGAAGAUCCGAACUUCAAGCCUGAUACCGUAGGAGUGUGCAACUCAACCACCAGUGCAUCCACUGAGCACACACAUCUAUCUAAUCUAAAUUAUGCUUAAUUAUGCUACCGAGGGGCGAUCGGCCGACCAUUUUCACUUUGAGCCGUUUCCUCAGUAUUCUUCAUAUCAUGGCUUGCAAACGAUGCAAAUCAGUUUAUUCGGGAACCUUUGUGCAGCUCAAGUCCAUCUUUUAGUUGUGAAUUUAUGUCCGACAUUUAGACAUUGGAUAAGAAACCUGGAUAACCUGGAUCACACAUUCAAUCUGUUCGCUUGGCAGAAAGAAUUUUUAUUCUCCUAGCAUCUAAGGUUAUUAUUCCUAUAAUACUUAAGAUUGUAGAAAAUUAGCUGAUUAACCAUAGACAGAGUACAGAACCUACUAUAUUAUAAUAAAAAAGGAUGCGUAAAAUAUAUAAAAGAGAGUA